AUGCGAAAAAUUGCAUUUAAUCUACUUGUAGGCCCCUGUCCCGGCAACUUCACCUCUGUUGAUGGAAGGUGUAUCUACGUUAUUACUCAAAAAGCAUCAUGGGAUGAUGGUGAACGUACAUGUGGAAAGCAUAAGGCUAACUUGGUUUUGGUUGAUUCAUAUAACUUUUUGCAUGAGCUGACUGUUUUUCUGAAUACGAACUACAAAGCUGUGUGUCUCAUUUCUGGCACUGUAAAAAGUUUCUGGACGGCUGGUAAAAGAAACAGCAACACCAACAUCUUCAACUGGAAAAUAUUCAGGACGGCAAAGUUUUUAGAUGAAUUUCAAAAGUCUAAAAAUGUCCAGGAAAUGAAUAAUUGGAUGAGCGGUGAGCCGAACAACCAAGGAGGAACAGAGGAUUGCUUGCAAAUGCAAGAUCCACAAGGCAAAUAUCAGUUCCGCGAUGUCAGUUGUAAGGAACUCAACUGCCUCAUUUGCCAGCUCGAUGUGUGA